AUGAGCGGGAGCGGGUGCGAGUGCAGCAGAGCGUACGGCGGGAGCUCUAAGCAGCCUCAAGGCUCCUCAAACCAAGAGAAACUCUUGGACAUGCUCAGCCGACAUCUCCUCCCGGCAGAGCAAACAGCACAAGCGCCAGACACGUCGCAGCCGCUGUUCGAUCUUGCCAUGGACCCUACAUCUUGGUUCACCCUUGCCUCUCCAGCUCUUCCCCUGACCUUAAUCGCAGAAAGCGAGUCCACCCCCAUAUCUCACCACCCCAUUCAAAUGACAGCCGCCGAAGAACUUCCUCAUCUCCAGAUCUUCACCCCGUUCGCCAUAUCUCAAACGACAUCCAUUCUCCCCCGCGAAGAUCCUUCUCUACCCCUCCUCCGCCAACACAUAAUCAACGUGUCUUCCAGCCCUCCAGGUCUCUUCGGCGCCAGGAUCGAGCUAGUAGCCAACACGUCCACCCUCCGCGUCGACUCCCUCUCCGUCCCCGCCCUUGAUCCCUCCGCCGUGCCCGAACUAGGCACCUGGAUCGCCACCCUCUGCGACCGCGCCGCCAAUACGGCGACUGAGCGCAACGUGACCCUCCUCACCUGGUCCAUGGCCGAGUGGCACCGCAUCGCCCUGCAACGCGCCCACUUCUGGGCUCUCCUCGCCGCCGAGACCAGCAACCCGCAGACGCUCCUCGAGAACGCCCGCGAACUCCGCCAACGGCGCAGGAAGAAGCGCCGCCGCGAUGACGAGGACGAAGACCUCGAGGGCGACGCGCUGAAAAGGCCAUCGAGGACAGAUCUCAUCGCCCACAUGGGCCGCACAUCUUUCGACAUGCCCAUUCCCGAUGAUUCGGUGGACGAGGCGCACUGGCCGCGGCUGCGCGUCUCGUGGAAGAUACACUUUGAUUGGACGGGUGAGGGGCAGAGCACAGUCGGGGUGUUGGCUGGGCUGCCGGGCAAGUGGCACAAUGCAGAUGACAGCAAGGCGCUGAACGGGCUGCACAAGGUGUUUGGAGACAUGGUCCGCAAAGAGGAGACGCCGAUAAAUGCUGUGCGGACCGUCGUUGCGCUGCUGGCGGGCGAUGGCGGACGAUAA